AUGCAUGGUCCCAAAAUGUGUCAGGUCUUGAUGUUGACUGACCUCUCUAUUUAUUCAGUCUACAACUCGCCCCUCAAUUUCCUCAAACCCAACUUCUUCUUUCAUCAAUCUAACUUAACUCCCUGCUUCUUAAGGAAAUUGAUGGCUCUUCUUGGGUUCCUUCUUCUGGUGUUUAUCUCCAUGCUCUCAUAUGUUAGUGCCUAUGGAUAUGGUGGUUGGAUCAAUGCACAUGCCACAUUCUAUGGUGGUAGUGAUGCUUCUGGAACAAUGGGUGGAGCUUGUGGAUAUGGAAACUUGUACAGCCAAGGGUGUGGGACAAACACAGCAGCACUAAGCACAGCAUUGUUCAACAAUGGAUUAAGCUGUGGAGCAUGUUAUGAAAUAAGGUGUGCAAAUGACCCACAGUGGUGUUCUCCUGCCUCAAUUGUAGUAACCGCCACUAACUUCUGCCCCCCUGGUGGUUGGUGUGACCCUCCAAAUCACCAUUUUGAUCUCUCUCAGCCUGUUUUUCAGCAAAUUGCUCAGUAUAAAGCUGGCGUUGUUCCUGUCAUUUACAGAAGGGUGAGGUGCAAGAGAAGAGGGGGAAUAAGGUUCACCAUAAAUGGCCACCCAUACUUCAAUUUAGUCCUAGUAACAAAUGUUGGAGGUGCUGGUGAUGUGCAUGGUGUAGCCAUCAAAGGUUCAAGAACUAGAUGGCAAGCAAUGUCAAGAAACUGGGGGCAAAAUUGGCAAAGCAACUCUUACUUGAAUGGACAAAGCCUUUCAUUUGUAGUUACCACAAGUAAUGGCCACAGUGUGGUAUCUUACAAUGUUGCCCCUCCAAGUUGGUCCUUUGGACAGACCUACACUGGAAGACAAUUCCCUUAAAUUUACUAACCUAACCUUUUGGUUGUUGGACCAUCCUCCUUCAUAAAGUGUUAGUAGCAAUAUAUGACGAGAUUGAUAUAUCAUCUAUAAAGUACUAAGCUAUAGUUGAAAUAGAAUAGUCUUAGAUGGGUCAAUAUUUAUUAAUUGGGCCAAAGUGAAGAAGGUUAAUAAUUAAGUACCCUUCUUCUUAGUAUAUUUUGUUUGUAUUUUCAAGGUUUUAUAAUUUUGUAGAUGGAACUUAUGGUAAUUAGCAGAAGAAAUCUAUCAAAAGAAGUAGAUAAAAUCUAAAUAGGCAAAAUAAAAGAGAAACUAGGUGUGAGGUUUUAUAUGCCAUAUUGCAAAUGUGAGGAUGCCAAUUGAUGAAGAUCCUUUUGCAAAUUGGAUUCCUACAAUUAUUAUUGGGAAAUAUCAAGGAUAUGAAAAUUAUUAUUGUUAGUA